UUUUCACCUAAUAUCCUUCUCCUCUCUCCCGUGCCACACGCUCCCUCUGUCGGCUUCUUUAAUCAUCACAAUGUUCUUCUUCAACGCGCUCUCUGUCUCCCUCGCCCUUGCGGCCUCUACCUUGGCUGCUGUAACUCCUCUGAGCAAGCGCCAGGACAUCCCUGCCAACUGUAUCCCUAACCUCAAGUAUGUUGGUUACUACGGGGACAGUAUCACUCAGUACGAUGCGUCUUGCUACAACCUCGCCUCGACGUGCUUGGACUCUGCGCGCAACGGGUCGACCGACAUCUGGAGCAUCAAGACUUGCGUGGCCGCGCAGACCUGCGAUCCUAAAACCGCCUACCUCUUCGGCUGCCUGAACUCCAAUGUGGCAAACACGACUCACUUGGACUACAACGUCUACGCUAACAUUGUGGGCGACUGUGCCUGGGCCGACGGUGGCUGCCCUAUCACCCAGCAGAACUACAUCGAUUUCAUCUACAGUGCUUUGAGCGAGAUCGGCUCGUCGGUGUACCCUUCCUCUGUCGACACUGUUACCUCGAGCUGGUGGACUCCUAUCGUCAACUGGGCCGCUACGGGUACUACUAUCCCGUACACCAACUUUGACGACUGGCUGCACUACGGCGGUUUCUACAACUAAGCAUAGUCAUCCCAAGGUUGUCCUCUUCAGGAAUCACGGUACUUUGAUUCGUUUGGUUGGUCGGGUUGGAGCUCUUUCUUCUUGGGCUUCAUGGGUCGUAUUUAACUCUAUCACACAUUUCACUCCGACUAUAACUCGAUGUGGAUGGACUUUCGAACACUGAAUUCUCAACUAUAGUCCGCUCUUUUUGACUAUACCCAAUACCUUCGUUUUUGUAUGCUAAAUUUUCGUAAUUCUAACUGCACUGUUUUCUGCACAAUGGUCCCGAUGUGUGCCCUAGCUUCAUGAGCCGUGAA